GCCACAGACACUGACGCGACGGAGAGCACGGACAGCGAGUCUGUGAACAGCAGUUGGGAUCUCCUGCGCACGAUGCCAGAGGCAGGAGAACAAGCAGGCGCCGACGGAGGCGGUCUGCAGUUUCGAGGUGAUGGCCGAGUGCCAGGGGUGAAGCUCACGGUCCUCAGCAAGGAGUUGGCGAGGAAUCCCAAUUCCUAUCGCGAGUGGCAAAAAGAGAUUGAGAUCAUCGAGAAGAUCUACAAGGUGGCUCCAGCGGACCUCGGACCCUUGGUGUACCUCAGCCUGGAGAAGGGCGAUGGUCGGCUGCGGAAGCUGAUGGAGAUUCUGGACGAGGAGUUCACCGAGAAGGACUACGAGCGCAGCGAGAAGCACCUCAGGGCGUUCGAGAGGUGCCGCAGAGGCAUCGGAGAAGAUGUCGACGACUACAUCGCGAGGUUGAAGACGGCCAGGCGUAAUCUUAAGGUACACGACCCUGGCACUACGUACUCCGACACCUCAUUCGCAAAAAAGCUCUUGCGGAGCUCAGGGCUAUCACGAGAAGCCCAGCGGCAGGUACUAGCAGCAGCAGGUGCGGAGUGGAACUCGGAGAAGAUCGAGGCGACGAUCAAGAUGGUCUAUGGAGAUGUUCACCUAGACGAGAAGCGGCGUGUGGACAAGAGGAACGAGCACCCGAGCAAGCACACGCAGUAUCGACAGUUCCCUCCGCGGUUUGGACAGCCCACUUCGAAGUUUACUUCAGGUGGAAUGGACGCCGAUGAAGAGUUCAGCCAAGAUGAAGAUUACCCUGAUUACGAGGACGAAGACGGUCAGCCACAAGACGCCCUCGAGGCGGAGGAGGCGCCAGACAACCACCAGGAGGACGAGUGCGAGUACGGCGAGCAGGACUCGGACGCCAUGGACGACGAAGAGGAGGUGGUGCUGGACGCGUUCUACCAGGGCUUCAAGGCGAAGAAGAAGCAGUUUGGCCGCGGCAAGGGGCGCGGGAAGAAUGCCGCGAGUGGCGGCCGGGGAAAGAAGUCCGGAGUGUGCAACGACUGCCUUCAGCCAGGCCACUGGAAGGGCGACCCAGAGUGCCCGAAGGUGAUCGCGGGGAUUACGUCUCCGUUCAAGCCUGGCGGCAAGGGCGACGGCAAGAAGAGUUCUUCCUCGGCGAACGUGGCAGCAACGAUGGCUACGGACAGUACGGCGCACAUGGAGUUCAAGUGGUUGAACGACGGAGCGGAAGCAUUGCCAUCUCCCCAUCCGGGACCGGUGGAUGCCUUCGUGUUGGGUUCGCAGAAGGUCAAGGCGGAGGUGAAGCAAGAGAGCGACAACCGUGGGCUGGAUCCCAGGAGGCCUCCGACACCGGGCUCAGAGUUCGAAGACGACUCCUUCGAGAAGGACUCAGACGAAUCCGAGGGGGUCUACAAGAGCUGGACCGAGGAGCAGCUCAGUGCGGAGUUGGCAUGGAGGAAGCACAAAUCGACUGGACCGCGGGAGGAGUUGGUCGGGCGACUCCUCCGAUCCAACCUGCACGCGACGCUCAUGGAUGAAGAAGCUGACGGAUGGCAGGAUGUGGAAAAGAAACCCUCUGGAGCGGCUGGAAGUGCCGAUGGCGGCAAGAAGCCAAAGCCCUCAGCGCGGCCGAAGCCUAAAUCGACACCAGCGGCUUCGAAGUUCCAGUCUGAGAGGAUCCACAUCAGCGGCGACGACGUACGCUCGUUGGUCGAUCGGCACAGGGCGUGGCUGGGCGAGUUCGUGGUGGACUUCACGAACCGCGCGCGCGACCACCACACGGGGUACGUGACCGACUGCGAGCUGGAGGUGUUCAGGAUCCUGACGGCGAAGCAGUUGCAGGAUAUACUCUUGAUGCUCGAGCAGCCUUACAGCGGCUCAAAGCAGGAGAGGAUCGAUAGGCUGAUAUCGUUCAUCACCGACCAGGUGGAGAACCCCUGCGAGCACGAGAAUGCGGGCUCCGGCGAGGUCCUGGUCAACGUACGCUGGACAAGCACAUCUACCUGGACGUUCGCGAUCUGCAAGAACUGCAACCGGUACGUCCAGCGGAUCCCGAAGACGAACUACGCGAAGGAAAUCAGGGACAAGGCGCACAGCCGCGAGGACAAAAAGGACGCGCUCGUGGUCAAUGACGCGCUGUGGGACGACAUCGGCACGACGGAGCUAAUCAACGAUAGCGGGUGCAGGCGCAGCGUCGCAGGUCACGAGAGGCACGACAACUUGCAGGCCCACCUGAAGAGUUUGGGCCUCCAGCCGGUCAAGAAGGACAUCAAUGAGGAGUUCAGGUUCGGCGGCGGUGACGUGGCAGUCAGCGCGGAGUCGUUCGUCUAUCCUGCUGGGAUAAAUGGCGCACACGGAGUCAUUGAGGUGGCUCGAGUGGAAGGACGAACACCACCACUGCUAUCGCAGCAGGCUAUGCAGGAUCUAGGCGUGAUCGUCAAUUACCGCAAGAAGGUGAUGGACAUCGAGGAGGCCGGAGUGUUCAAGAAGCCGAUCAAACAAUCACGGUCGGGACAUUUCCUCGUAGACAUCGGAGAGUAUGGCAACCCGAACGAGUUCCCGGAGUGUUUCCAUAUCAAUGGCAAGAUGGACAUGGCCCCACAGGAGGAGGCCGGCGAACUCGGGUUCAAGGAUUUCUCGCGUGUUGGAGUCCUACAGCGAGGUAGGAAGAAGCUGUUGCAGAGGACCACGAGAGGAGUUGCUGAUGCGUUGGCUGCAGAGGCGAAGAGAUCCGUCCACAGGGACCCACCGACAGUGAAGUCGAUAUCCAAGAGGUGGAAGUUCCUGGAGAUAUUAUCGUGGACGCUUGUUCUAUCGUGCGAGGCGGCGGCGCAAGGGUGGCAGGUCAUGCCGCCAAUUAGCAUCGAGACGGGCUUCGACCUCUACACGCGUUCUGGGCGGGCACGAGCCUGGAGGGAGGUCGUCGACAACAAGCCGGACGCGGUGGCCAUGGCUUGGCCCUGCGACCCCUGGGCGGUGAUGCACAACUACCAGGCACACCGCCCGGCGUUCCAGAAGGAGUUGCAGGUGCGACAACAGCAGUCCCGUGGAGCGUUGAGGUUCGUGAAGAGGGUGGCUGAAUACCAUCGCAAGCGCGGGGCCUACUUCUACGGCGAGAACCCGCUCACAAGCAAGGCCUUCCAGGAGGAGCCGAUAGUGGAGCUGCUGAAGUCGCACGGCACGACGGUGGUGGACAUGUGCGCGUUCGGGCUCCGACAUCCAGAUUCGGAUUUACCUAUUAAGAAGCCAUCCCGAAUCAUCAUGUCCACGCAGAUGAUGGCGGACAAGCUCGAACGACGGUGCCCAGGACACCGACAACGCGCUAAGAUCGAAGGGCGAUUGGCCACGCAAAACAUGAGGACGAGCACGCACGCCGGCGGCUACACGAAGGAGCUCGCCGAGGCCGUCAUCAGCGUGUUCACGGAGGCGUUGGACAUAAGGUUCCGCCCGGACUCCGAGGAGCCCCACCUGAAGUUCUACCUGAAGUUCUACCUGAAGCUCUACCGGAAGUACCCCCAGAAGAUCCUGAAGGACAACAACCACCGGAGCCUCAAGAGCAGCAAGUACCUCAGACUGAUAAGGUUAGGCGGGGCCUCCCAGCUGCACCUGGACUACGCGAAGGUAUGGCAGUGCGAGGUGUGCGCGAGACGAGCAGCUCCAGAGCGACGUCGAGUGGUGUCGAGCCGACAGAGACCCACGUCAUUUGGGAUCGCGGUCGGGGUGGGCACCAAGGAGCUGAAGGACGCGAGUGGAGGCAAGUACCUGGCCCUGAAUUGCGUGGAUUUCGCGACGAAGUUCUCGUGCCUGAUCAUGCUGGAGAAUCCCUCCAGUGCAGAGGCAGCCAGGAUGUUCAUGGCGAAGUGGUGCGCCUGGGCCGGAGUACCUAUCGUGUGCCACUCCGACAACGGCUUGGGGUUCAGGAAGGAUUUUGCACCCUACGCGGAGUCGGUGGGAGUCACGAUGAGAGUGGUGCCCACGGAAAGUCCGUGGCAACGCGGGCUGGUCGAGCGCCACGGGGCCGUCAGCAACGACAUCGUGCGCGCGAUUGUGGACGAGUGCACCAUCCAGGGCCCGGCCGAGAUGGAGUUAGCCAUAGCGGCGGCGAACAUCUGCAAGAACCGAAGAGUGGAUCCAUCAGGAUACAGCCCCAGGGUGAGAGUUUUCGGCUGUGGAGACAGGUUACCAGGCAGCGUGCUGGACAGCCUCCUCAGCGACGAACAGUACCCAGAGAUCGCCGUGCACGACGCGGUGCUCAAGGACUACCAGGUCCAGCGGUCGCAGAAGAUACGCGAGGCGGCUCAGGUCGCGCUGGCGAAGCUGGACAACAGCGACAAGUGGAGGAAGGCCAUCGUCCACAACUAUCGACCCACACCUUCGCCGUGGAUGCCCGGAGAGUGCGUGUUCUUCUGGCGAGCGGCAGGUACCUUCAAGCCGCAGGCACGAUCUACAAGACGAGCAGACCGUUGGCACGGUCCAGCAGUCAUCCUCGGCAGGGAGUGGGGGCGCGAAGGCCAGAACGAAGCGUAUUGGCUGGUGUUCAACGGGAACCUCCUGCUGGUGGCACCACAACAUAUCAGGUCGGCAACUCCAGAGGAGCGCUUGGCGAGCGAGGCCAUCGGCAGCAUCCUCGAGAACUACAACAUGGACCUGAGCGGGAUCUCGAGGGGUCAGCACACGUUCGAGGCACCAGUGGUGGAGGCGGUGUUCAACCAAGCCGUCGAGACCCCAGUCCCGGACCUGGACACGGAGACGCUGUACGCGAUGAACGACGUGUUCUCGCUGGAACUCCGUCCCUUUCAAGCAGGCACCAAGGGGAAGGAGCUGGACUCGAGGAAGUUCACGAAGGCGGAGUGGCUCGGGUUCAACAAGAGCAUCGCCAAGAACUGGAACCAGCACCUGGAGCACGAGGCCGUCAGGGUGGUUCUGCCCGAUGAGGCGGCGAAGGUCGACAAGUCGAGGAUCUUCAAGGUGCCGGCGCGCUUCGCGCAUGCCCUCAAGGAGGGCCAGCCGAACAGCCGACUUGUGAUCCCGGGGCAUCUCGACCCGGACAACCAGGGCAAGCUUGGCAUCAAGCAUGCGAAGCGCAUGGCGAUUUCGUCAGAAACGGCAGGUACACGGACAGAUGCACCAGUGGCGCCCAUGGUAGGGCUGAUGCUGCUGCUGAACUUGGCGGCGCAUUUUGGCUGGGAUCUCGGGGCGUUCGACAUCGGCUCGGCGUUCCUCACCGGCAAGACAAACACGAGACGGUUAUAUGUGAUGCCUCCCCGAGAAGGGCUACCUGGAGUUCCUGCUGGGAGCUUGGUGGAACUGCUCAAGGGUGUAUUCGGGCUACGAGAGUCCCCUCGAUUAUGGUGGGAAAGAUUCUCGGAGGUGUUGAUCCAGGCCGGAUUCCAGCCGCUCAAGACCACGAAAGGAGUUUUUGUCAUUCGGAGCGACAAAGGCAAGAUCGAGGCGGUUUUAUGUGUUCACGUGGACGACGGACUCUGGGGCGGUACAGGCGAGCGGUUCGCCAGAGCGAAGGAGAUCGUACGCGAGAAGCUCAACGUGACCAAGGAGAAGCAGGGUCAGUUCGAGUUCCUCGGCCGGCGCAUCAAUCAGCUGCCGGAUAAGUCCAUAGAGGUAGACCAGCACGAGUACAUCGAGAAGAUGGAGAAGAUCUUCGUGCCGGUAUCCAGGAGGAAGGACCCCGAGAGCAAGGCGACCGAAGAAGAGCUCUCGAAGUACCGCAGCCUGGGACAACAAUUAUCGUGGCCCGCGGGGACGACACUACCUGGUUUAGCCUAUGACGUCAGUGACCUGCAACAGCGGACGCCAGACUUGACGGUCGGCCAGCUGUGCAAGGCGAACACGGUGUUGAGCAUGGCCAAGGAGAUGGUGACGCGUGACGUCAAGCUACGAUUCAUUCUCCUGCUGACCGACGAGAAGUUCGAAGCCAAGAAAGUCAACGUGGUGGACUGGUGCUCGAGCAAGAUCCAUCGCGUGGUAAGAUCUACAUUGGCAGCGGAGGCGGCCAGUGCGAGCUACGGGUUCGACAGGGCGUGCUUCGUGAGGACGGCAUUGGCCGAGAUACUGCACGGCUGGGAAUCAGAGAGCGAUUGGGCGACAUUGAUGGGCAAGAUCCCCAGCCUGUGCGCGACGGACUGCAAGAGCUUCGUCGACCUCUGCCGUAAGGAAGGGAGCAUGCCGACGGAGAGGAGGAUCGCGUUGGACCUCGCAGAUCUUCGAGAUCGAUUGGAAGUCGGAGACGGCUUGAUAUGGACAGACACCCGCCUGAUGCUUGCCGACCCCCUGACACAGCACAUGAAGGAUCAGAGCUAUUUGGAGCAUGUCCUCAAGACGGGAGAAUACGUCUACUGGCGCAAGUAUGAGACCAAG